AUGAUUGGUAAUGCAGCCUUCCAAGCCCAAUAUGCCAAAGAAGCCAGUGAAUCCGAUUUUCAUAGGUUUUAUCUGAAGAUAUUUCCAUCAGAAAAUUUAGAGACUAUGACUCUACUUACCGCUUGCCUUGAAGUUGCAUGUAACUCAGAUGCAGGCCUUCGUGAUUAUGGUGCUGAAUUUAUUCAAGAAUUUGUAAAAGGAUCCACUGAUGGAGCAAGAAAUACCUUGUCUCUUCCCAAAAGAUUAUUUAACCUUAUGACAAGCCCUAGUUCUACAAAUCGCUUUCGUGCAUAUUUGAUGUUGUUGAAUGUAUCGUUUUUUCAGCGAGGAAUUAGUUCUGAAAUGUCCGAGGUAGACCAUCCAUCUAUCGGAACACAUUCUGGUCUAUCGUACAACGCUCCGACGCUUUGUGAUUCGUGGGAAGAUUAA